UCGCCCAAGAAGACGAAAAUGGCGACUCAAAGACAAAAGGAAAAGACAUCAAAAAAGAAUUUAAGAGAGCGUACAAAAAACGGAAAUACUGUGCGUAAAGAUACAAAAGGCAGUCUUCAGAGAAAACAUGAUCCAUACGAAAGUGAUAAUGACAGUCAAAGUCCAUACAUGUCCCUUGAUGUACUUGCUCAGGUGGCCACAGCUACAUUGGAAAAAGAACCCCGGUUUGAAAGUAAGAUGCCCAAAAAGCUGACCAAACGGAGUAUUCAAUCUUUGGAAGUUUUAAAUCUAGACCAGAUACAGGCUUUAUCUGAUAAAGCUGUAAUUAGUUUAUUUGCUGACAUUAGCUCAAAUGAAAUGACAAAAAACUUCACUUUCAAAUGUUAUUUGAUGCCUGAGAAGUGCAAAGAGACAUACACAAGUUUUGGAAAUGAAAGUCGUGCCAGAGCCAAGAUGAGGGACCAUCUGUUAAGUCAUAUUGCCAGAUUAAUAGAUGAGGCAAAUGAUCCAGAUAGACUUGAACCAUUUUUCUUCACAGCUGUGCCAGUUAAUGUUCGUAAGAAAAGAAUUGCAGAAGCCAACAAGAAGUCAAGAUCUAAUCAACAGUCUACAAGUUCAUCAGGCAGUCCGACAAAUAAGAAAAAAAUAAAGAAAGGAAUUAAAUUCACAUGUCUCAAGUCUAGUAAAAAGAAAAUCAGCCAAAGUAGUCAAGAAGAUGACUCAGAUUCAGUUAUUGUGGCUGUUAAAUUCGUUAGUAACAAUGUAGAUGAUGUAAAGGAAAAUGCUAUGCACAUUACAAAAUCUAGGACCAUUCAAACAAUUACACCAAACAAAGCAAACUCCCCAAAACUACUUGCAAACAAAUCCUCUAAUUUGGCAACUGCAGACACAGAAAAAAGCAAUACAAAUUAUACAUCAAAAAAUAAACCAGUUGCUGAAUCCAGUGACUAUUCAACAGGGGAUCGUGAAAGACGUAUUGAGGAAAAUGAACAAUUCAUUAUUGACUUGCUAAACAGAACACAACCCCAUCAUGAUCAUUGUUAUACUACUAUUUUUGGAAAAAAACGUGGAAUUGAAACAAUAUCUUUGAAUACAGCUGAUGAGGAAGAUGGUAACAGUAAAAAGGAAGUGACUAAUAAUGAAAUAACCACAUACUCACGAAGUGGUAAACUUGAGCCUAUAUUAAGCUUACCAGCAGUGCGCAGUACUAUAGAUAUGCCAAUGGUUUGUGGAGAAGAAGUAGUUGGCAAUUCUCUUUCAGAUGAUGAAGAUAAACAUGAUGGUCUAAAACCCUAUCCACCUAUGCCUAAGUCUAAUCCAGCAAAGAAAGGAAGAAUCUCGGUGCCGGAGGAAAAUAUUUCAUAUAGUGAUGGAGAUGACGAGUCAAGUAGCCCACGAAAGAAAAGAAAAUUACAGACAACAGUAGAUAGCACCAACAUAGGUGAUAAAGAUGCAACAGUGUGGGAAACUAAGAUGGCUUUAAAAUGCAUCCGUGAAUUGAAAGCUCGAAAAAAGGAUGAUCGUGUUCCAUUGGUUUGUAAAAUAUGCAAAGACAAAACAUUUACCGCAAGUGCUACUCUAAUGUAUCACUAUCGAAGUCAUGCAGGGAUUAAACCAUUUAUUUGUUUAAUAUGUAAUACAACAUUUACACGUCAGCACAGCCUAAACUAUCACAUGUUAAUACAUAAUAACCAGAGUCGGUUUACAUGUAAGGACUGUGGCAGAAAAUUCCGUCAUCCUAGCCAUUUUAAGGAACAUUUACGGCGGCAUACAGGAGAAACGCCUUUUGAGUGCACUGACUGUCCAUUGAAAUUUAAAACAAGAAAUACCUAUAAAAGACAUCUAAAAACAAGACAUGGUAAAUUAUUAACAGCAGGAGGCAUUUAUCUUUUAAGUAAGGAAGAGUUCAUGAAAGUGCGAACUAAACCAUAUAAAAAAGUUCCAGGUUCUGGGAAUAAAGAUGGAGAUUCAGAAUCUGGAUCAGUGUCGGGAUCUGACGGGGAAGCAGGAGUAUCAGAGGAAGAAAAUGAAAUGAUUGUUAGUCUACCAAUGGCAUUUAACUAGAAAAGUGUUCAUUGUUAUGUUCCACAAAAUCCAUACUAUUAUGCGCCCACAUUUUCUGGAUUCCUUUCGAUAUUUGCAUGUAUCGGACCAUAACUUCAUGGUCUAUGGCUCUGAUUGUUUAGAAAAUCAUGUUUUUAGCUUGUGGAAACUCUAGGGGUCAUAAUUUUGAUAAAACUUGAAAUGUAUAUUUAUAACCCAAAGAUCUUGGUUCCUUUAGAUAUUUGUGCAUAUCGGAUUGUAACUUCAUGAAUUAUGGCUCCUGAUUGUACGAAAUAUCGUGUUUUUAGUUUGUGGUUCCUCUACAGGUCACAAUUAUUAUCCGAUUUAAAAAAAAACAUUCCAAUAUAUCACCGUUACACCAUAAUGUUGGUUGAGUUCGAAUUUCGAAGUCAUAAUUUUGAUCCGAUUUUGAUGAAACUUGAAAUACAUGUUUAUAACCAAAAGAUCUUGAUUUCUUUCGAUAUUCGCACAUAUCGGAAUGUAACUUUCUGCAUUAUGGCCCUUGAUUGUACGAAAGAUUUCACUUUUAGCUUGCCAUAAUGUUGGUUGAGUUCAAAUUUCAAAUUCAUAAUUUUGAUUCGAUUUUGAUGAAACUUCAAAUACAUGUUUAUAACCAAAAGAUCUUGAUUCCUUUCGAUAUCACAAGGUCACAAUUUUUAUCCGAUUUAAAAAAAAAACGUUUGAAUAUAUCACUGUUACACCCUAAUGACGGUCAAUUUCGAAAGUGCCGGACAAAAUGGCAGCCCCACAUAUGCAGAUUGUGUUAAUAUAUGCUAUAUCAAGGUUGUGGACCUUGUAGAGGCCACAAUUUUUAUCUGAUAUAGAUGAAACUUGAAAUGUAUGUUUAUAACCCAAAGAUCUCAGUUCCUUUCGAUAUUCGGGCGUAUUGAACCGCAACUUCCUGGAUUAUGGCCUGUAAUUGUACAUUUUUAGCUUGUGGUCCCCCUAGAGGUCACAAUUUUUAUCCAAUUUAAAAAAACCCAAAAAACAUUCAAAUAUACCACCGUUACACUCUAGUUCGAAUUUGGUGAAAAUCGGACCACAACAACUGCCGGACAAAAUGGCAGCUCUAUGUUUGCAAGUAGCGUUAAAAUAUGUAAAAUCAAGGUUGUGGACCCUCUAGAGGUCACAAUUUUGAUUUGAUUUUGAUGAAACUUAAAACAUGUGUUCAUGUCCUAAAGAUCUCGCUUCCUUUCAAUAUUCGCGCAUAUUGGACCCUAAGUUCCUGGAUUAUGGCCCCUGAUUCUAUGCUAGAGGUCACAAUUUUUGUCUGAUUUUGAUAAAACUUGAAAUAUAUGUUUAUAUCCCAAAGAUCUUGGCUCCUUUCAAUAUUCACUCAUAUCGGAUUGUACAAAAAAUCGCAGUUUUAGCGCGUGGAACCUCUAGAGCCCAUUAUUUUUAUCCGAUUUUAAAAACAGUUCAAAUAUAUCACAGUUAUACAAUAAUAACAUUCAAGUUUGAAUUACCGGACAAAAUGGCAUGCUCCACGUACGCAAAUAGUGUAAAAGUGGGUUCGUCCGUCUGUCCGCCUGUCUGUCCGUCACACUUUUUGGGACACAAUAACUCUUUCUAAUUGAGCUAGAAUGUUCAAACUUGGUGUAAUUGUUUAUUAGGUCAUUGCCUUGAUGGAGUUCGAAGAUGAGCAUUUUCUGCUUAGGGUAAGCAGAGAUAAGCAAUUUGAUUGGUUGAUGCUUUGGGACACGAUAACUUAAGUUCUAAUUAAGUGAGAGCGAUAAAACUUGGUGUAUAGUUUCAUUACAUCAAUACCUUGACUAAGUUUAAGUUCGAUAAUGAGCAUUUUCUGCUCAGGGUAAGCAGCAAUUUGAUUGGCCGAGACUUUGGAACACAAUAACUCUCAUUCUAAUUGAGCUAGAAUGUUCACACUUGACGUAGGUGUCUAUUAGGUAAAUGCCUUGAUGGAGUUUGAUGUUGAACAUUGUCUGCUUACGGUAAGCAGAUAUAAGCAAUCUGAUUGGUUGAUGCUUUGGGGCACGAUAACUUUAGUUAUAAUGAAGUGAGAGCUAUAAAACUCGAAAUAUAGAUUCAUUAUAUCAUUACCUUGACUAAGUUCGAUAGUGAGAAUUUUCUGCUUAGGCUAAGGACCGAUAAGCAAUUUGAUUGGUCAAGACUUUGGAACAUAACAACUCUGCUUUUAAUUGAGGUAGAAUGGUUAAACUUGAUAUUCAUUAGGUGAAUGUCUUGACUGAGUUCAAUCAUUAACAUUUCGAACUCUGAAGCUGAGCAGAGCUAAUCAAUUUCAUUGGUCGAUGCUUUGGGACAAGAUAAUCUCUAUCCGAUAGAGAGUGAUGAAACUUAGUUGACAGUUUGAUUGCUCGAUACUUUUGAAAAAAAUAAAUGUGCGAUUAAUUAAUGUGUCAUCUAUUUAUUUUGAGAUUUCGGCGGGGGACAUCAGCCUCACUGUUGGCUUGUUUAGCUUGUUUUCUGUCCAUCUCCAAUCUAGUUAAAACACAGAUCCUAUUUCGUUUUGUUUUUUAUAGUUCAAAAUUUCGUUUUACUUGUCUUUAGUACUUUAGGAUCUUGAAGAGUUAUGCUUGAUGUGAGGGAUUAGCCAAUGAAACGGUCUUUUGCGACAAAUUCUUGGAGUGAUGUGCACAGACCUGUGGGUAUCGCAGUAGAAACAUCAACGCUGAUUGGUUAAUCAAAAGUCUGAUGUCAUAGGGUCAAAAGCCGCUUGUAUGACCCUUGACAUGACCUCCCACUACAAUUGGUCAGAUCUCCAUGCAGUAGAGGCCAUCGAAAGUAUAAAAAACGAAACGAAAUAUAGAUCUGUAUUUUGAUCAGUUUGUUCCAUCUCUUACAAAAUAUGGGCGUAUCUUGCAUGGCAACCUCUGAUCUACUUCGGCCAUACAAAGAUAGCUAUUUAAUUUGUUGCAACAUUGAAAAGAAUAGCUCUGCUUCUAAAUAAUUGAGGUAGAAUGUUUGAGACAUGGUGUAGAUGUUCAUUAGUUGAAUGAUGAUUUGUUGAUGCUCUGGAAAACAAUUACACUGAUUCAAAUUGAGUGAGAGUGACGAAUCUUGGUGUAGGGUCAUUACAGUUUGAUAAUGAACAUUUUCUGGAUAGGUUAAGCAGAGUGAUAAAUAAUUUAAUUGCUUCAUGGUUUAUGAAAAAAUUAAUGUGCAAGUAAUUAAA